AAUACAUAAUAGAAAAGGGUAUUUGCUUUUGCCAAAACCAACCGCACUGCACUUUCUCUGCUUCGCCGUCGCCUCCUCUUCCCAGCAAUCAUGGCAAAAAAUAGGAAUAAUAAGAAGAGGAACGGCGUCGUUUCAAUGGAUACCACCGACGCAUCCGUUUCGGAACAACCUCAAGCAAUGGAUACGUCAGAGUCAAGAGUUCAAAAUGCGGUUUCCGGUGCUACCAAUAUGAAGAUGAAGCAGAAAGGAAGGCCAAUGAAGAGAUCAAAAAAUGUCCGAAAGAUGAAAGCAAUAGCCAAAGCUGUAUCCUCUAACGAGAAGUCCAUUGAGAAGGUGUCGAAGAAUGAAAACAAAAGAAGUAGAGUUAAAUCUGCAAAAUCACUCUAUGAAUGAACGAUCAAGUGCCUCAUAUCACUUGAAGAAAGUUUGAUAUAUCAAGAUACAUGCCUUUUAAAUUUAAUGUAGCUAGAUAUAAUUAAUUAUUAGUUUAAGAGUUCUUUUUAAGAAUGAAGUUCCUUUCUUGUUGCAUCCUUAUGGUAAUUAUGAUUUAUAGUUUUAUGUA